AUGCUGUUUCCCAGGCGAGGGGGCAAGGAAGCCCAGCGCCUGCUGCUCUCGUUUCUGCUCCUUGCAGCCUGGAAGGCGGGGAGUGGCCAGGUCCACUACUUGGUCCCCGAAGAGGCCAAACACGGCACCUUCGUGGGCCGCAUCGCCCAAGAUUUAGGGCUGGAGCUGCAGGAGCUGGUGCCGCGCCUGUUCCGGGUGGCGUCCAAAGGCAGUGAGGACUUUCUGGAGGUAAAUCUGCAGAAUGGCAUUUUGUUUGUGAAUUCUCGGAUCGACCGCGAGGAGCUGUGCGGGCGGAGCCUGGAGUGCAGCAUCCACUUGGAGGUGAUCAUAGAGAGGCCGCUGCAGGUUUUCCAUGUGGAGGUGGAGGUGAAGGACAUUAACGAUAAUCCACCAGUCUUCAGAGAGAGAGAACAAAGAUUAUUUAUUCCUGAAAGUAGACUGCUGGAUUCGUGUUUCCCGGUAGAGGGUGCUGCUGAUGCGGACAUUGGUACCAACGCUCUUCUAACAUACACCCUCAGCCCCAGUGAUUAUUUCUCUUUGGAUGUACAGGCAAAUGAUGAGCUGAGUAAGUCACUUUCGCUGGAGUUGAGGAAGUCUUUGGAUAGAGAAAAAACACCACAAAUUCGUUUAUUAUUGACAGCCACCGAUGGGGGCAAACCAGAGCUGGAAGGUACAGUUCAAUUGCUGAUCACAGUGCUUGAUGUUAAUGAUAACGCACCAUUGUUUGCCCAGGCCGUGUACAAAGUCCACUUAUUAGAAACUACGGCAAAUGGAACAUUAGUGACCACAUUAAAUGCCUCUGACGCUGACGAAGGUGUAAAUGGAGAAAUUGUCUUUUCCUUUGGCAGUGAUGUUCCUCUUAACAUUAAAAAGUACUUCAAAAUUGAUUCCAGCUCAGGAAAAAUUUGGCUAAUUGGUCAAUUGGAUUAUGAAGAAACAAAAUCCUACGAAAUUCGGGUAAGAGCAGUUGAUAAAGGAAGUCCUCCAAUGUCAAGUCACUGCAAGGUUUUAGUGAAAGUUCUGGAUGUAAACGAUAAUGCUCCAGAACUGGCAGUCAUGUCCCUGUCUUUGACCAUCAGAGAGGACUCUCCACUCAGCACCGUCAUCGCCUCCAUCUCCGUGUCCGACCACGACUCCGGUGUUAACGGGAAGGUGAUAUGCGCCCUGACACCUCAUGUCCCCUUCAAGCUGGUUUCCACUUUCAAGAAUUACUAUUCGCUGGUGCUGGACAGCGCCCUGGACCGCGAGAGCGUGGCGACCUACGAGCUGGUGGUGACAGCGCGGGACGGGGGCUCGCCUUCGCUGUCGGCCACCGCCAGCGUGACUGUGGAGGUGGCCGAUGUGAACGACAAUGCGCCUGAGUUCGCGCAGCCCGAGUACACGGUGUUCGUGAAGGAGAACAACCCACCCGGCUGCCACAUCUUCACGGUGUCUGCGCGGGACGCGGACGCGCAGGAGAACGCGCUGGUGUCCUACUCGCUGGUGGAGCGGCGCGUGGGCGAGCGUGCGCUGUCGAGCUACGUGUCGGUGCACGCGGAGAGCGGCAAGGUGUACGCGCUGCAGCCGCUGGACCACGAGGAGCUGGAGCUGUUGCAGUUCCAGGUGAGCGCGCGCGACGCGGGCGUGCCUUCUCUGGGCAGCAACGUGACGCUGCAGGUGUUCGUGCUGGACGAGAACGACAACGCGCCCGCAUUGCUGCCACCUGGCGGGGGCGGCGUGGUGAGCCAGCCGGUGGCGCGUUCUGUGGGUGCGGGCCACGUGGUGGCGAAGGUGCGCGCUGUGGACGCGGACUCGGGCUACAACGCGUGGCUGUCUUACGAGCUGCGGCCGGAGGCGGGGGGCGCUCACAGCCCGUUCCGCGUGGGGCUGUACACGGGCGAGAUCAGCACGACGCGAGCCCUGGACGAGGCGGACGCGCCGCGCCAGCGCCUGCUGGUGCUGGUGAAGGACCACGGCGAGCCGGCGCUAACGGCCACAGCCACCGUGAUGCUGUCGCUGGUAGACAGUGGCCAGGCGCCUAAGAUUCCGUCGCGGAUGUCGGUGGGAGUCACGGGCCCAGAGGCGACGCUGGUGGAUGUGAACGUGUAUCUGAUCAUCGCCAUCUGCGCGGUGUCCAGCCUGUUGGUGCUCACGCUGCUGCUGUACACGGCGCUGCGGUGCUCGGCUCCGCCCAAUGAGGGCGCGUGCGGGCGGGGGAAGCCCAUGCUGGUGUGCCCCAGCGCAGUGGGGAGCUGGUCAUAUGCGCAGCAGAAGCGGCAGAGGGUGUGCUCUGGAGAAGGCCUGCCCAAGACGGACCUCAUGGCCUUCAGUCCCAGUCUUCCUCCGGAUUCCAACAUGUCGGAAGGAAACGAACAUCCAGAAGCAAAUUCAGACCUUUUCAGUAAUGUAAGUCCAACUUUCAAGCUUUGGCUAUAA